CCGGCAGCGCCUGCAGUGACCGGCUGGUGUCUGUAAGCACCCGGGUAUCGAAAAACGUGGACACGAGAAGUCGUAAGAUCCGAAACGGUGCUUUCCCUUGAAAAGAUCGACUUCGAGAGGAUUUGCGGGCUACCCCUAUAUCGCUCACGCGGUUUUCCAUGUCAACGACACGCGCGCUCCUGCCAAGGCCAGCGUGCUACGCCCCGCACAGAGCAGCCUCCGUCAUCGUCGUCGUCGCUGCUGCCGCCGUCGUCGUCGUCAAGCGACUGAUCCACGUAAUCGUGCCCGUCGUCGACGGCCCGUCGUUGUCUGCGUCGCGUCGGUGGUCAGAUUUCUGUUCGUCGUGGUCAUCGUUUUGGUGGUUAGCUUCGAGGAAGGCCGGCGAGCAUCAAAGUUCGUCCACGGCUUUUGCCAGGCUGAGGAGAAGGAGACACGGCAGCGUCGGUCGUGCCAGCCUGAGAUGAGCGACCAUGGCUGCAUACACUUGAAUAAUUUCAAAGCAGCCAAGGGUAUCCAGCCGUACAAAGUGAUACACUCCUAUUUCGUGACCAGCACGUCGACCGAGGCACGCGUAAGAAAGGCUGUCAGCUGUUUGUGUCAUACUUGUAAAACAUACAAAGAUCGUCUUCACUCUUGUCUUCACUGUAUAUUCUUUGGCUGCUAUGUAAAGGGUCAUAUACAAGAACAUGCGAAGACAAAAAAGCAUUUUUUAGCUGUUGACCUGUCUUAUGGAAAUAUUUUGUGCUUCCAAUGUGGUGAUUACGUAUACGAUAGAGAAUUAUUGGCAGUUGCCAAAUCACAGUGGAGCGAAUCUGCAAAAUCAUUGAGCUUUGGAGAAUUUUAUCGAGCAUGGGAGCCCACACAAAUAGAGGCAGAUUUGUUGAGGAAACAUCCGCGCAGAAGACGCGUUAUAGAAAAUUCUACCAUAGGUUUAAGAGGACUCAUAAAUCUUGGAAGUACAUGUUUCAUGAACUGCAUUGUCCAGGCACUGAUCCACACACCGUUGUUAAGAGAUUAUUUCCUUGCUGACCGUCAUCACUGCCCACAACCGACUCGAUGCCUGGUCUGUGAAGUGUCCCACCUUUUUCAGGAAUUUUACUCCGGUAGCAAAGCACCGUUGACGCUACACAAGCUUCUUCAUUUGAUCUGGACGCACGCGAGACAUUUAGCAGGUUACGAACAGCAGGAUGCUCAUGAAUUCUUUAUAGCUACACUUGACGUUUUGCAUAGACACUGCGAGGCAGCGCCAAUUUUAGUAAAAGAUAAUCCACAUCAUUGUAAUUGUAUCAUCGAUCAGAUCUUUACCGGUGGUCUACAAAGCGACGUGGUUUGUCAGGCGUGCAACGGAGUGUCCACGACGAUAGAUCCGUUCUGGGAUAUAUCCUUGGAUCUUGGCCCAGCAGCUAGUGCGUCUGGUUCCGAUAGCUCUGGUCCUCCUACCUCAUUAUUAGAUUGUUUGGAAAGGUUCACGCGCGCCGAGCAUUUGGGAUCUAGCGCGAAAAUAAAGUGUAGCAAUUGUCAGACCUACCAAGAGAGUACCAAACAAUUGACGAUGAAGCAGCUACCAAUUGUGGCCAGUUUUCAUUUAAAACGAUUCGAACACUCUAGCAUUCAGGACAAGAAGAUCUCUACGUUCAUCUCGUUUCCAGAACAAUUAGACAUGACACCUUUUAUGUCACAUAGGCGAAACGGUAACAACAAUAGCGCAAUGAUGGACGGGCUGUCAAAGAAUGGAGAAGAAAUGGCAUUCAGCGAUAAUAGGUAUUCUCUGUUUGCGGUGAUAAAUCAUGAAGGUUCUUUGGAGACUGGACACUACACUGCCUUCAUACGGCAGCAAAGAGAUCAGUGGUUUAAAUGUGACGACCAUUUGAUCACGAGAGCAAGAUUAAAAGAUGUCUUGACUAGCGAAGGGUAUCUUCUUUUUUAUCAUAAACAAAUUUUGGAGUACGGUCGAAAUACCAAGGUGUAAACUUUAGAUUGUAUAAUUAAUUUAUUUAUCACGACGUAUCAUGGGCGGUAGACUUAAGUUUUCUUUAGUAUCUUUAAGAAAAAAAAAAAAGAAAGAAAAA